GGCAGGGUCUUCGCGGGCCCAGCAAUCGGCACCCGCCACUGGUGGAGUACGCCGCAUACGAUGGACAAUCGAAAUGAAUACUAACGCAUUGCGGGCGUAUUUUAGGGCGAAAGGGGGAGAAGGUUUGGCGUAUCGGUCCAGGAUGCAUCGUCUUUUUGCUGAGCUGGAGCCAUCUCUAACCGUCACAGAGCAAAACUUGGCACACCGAGUUCGGUAUCUCUUGCGCUCAAAUAUAUUUGAUGUCGCCGAACUCGAAUGGCUACGACGUGAGGCUGUUCCGUCAUUCAAUGAAAAUGCUACGGCUGAGGAUGCGGCGCCACAAAUUGCAGAGCAACCCGCAAAAGUAGAUGCCGCCGUGAAUACCCCAGUUGUAGUUGAUUCAAACGAUGAUGGAACAGUCGCCCAGGAACUGGAAUAA